AGAGCACUUCUUGUGUUCUAUGUGGAGCUGCUUAGAAUAGGCGAUCCGAGUGAGGACAUGGCUAAACCCAACAUGUUUAAAGAAAUUGAUGUCAACGGAGAUGGCAUGAUUUCACACUCAGAGGUAGGACGAAAAAUACCGUCGACUGCCGCUUAACCCUUUAAACCCUAAGAUCAAAGUUUGAAUUGUCAUUUGUUGCCUGUAUUCGUUCCUACUGAGGUAGUGGGGAGAAGCUGGAAAAAUAUCGAGCUAAUGCAUCUUGUGUGAUUAUGUCCGUAAUUCUCAUGACCACUCUGUUUUACAAAGCAUUAAUAGUACGAGGAGAAAGUUGAUGCUGAUCACUCUUAGGGGCUUAAAGGGUUAAAAUCCCUGGGCUUAUACAUCUUCGUAAGAGGUUUAAGGGCUUAUAUUCGAGGAGGCUUUCAACAGCACUAAAAAAAAACGCUUCUAAACAAGUCACCCGGGCAGUGAUGAUUCAACUACGUUUUGCAUUUACUGUUUCUUAAUUAGGCUUCAAAAUGUCAUAAUAAAUCAAUUUCAUUACAAUACAAUCUACAUACGUACAUGCAUUUUUUUAAUUGUGUUUUGAGGUAGAAGUACAAUUAUCGUUUAGUGUCGAGUCAGUAGUCUCUUGUCAUUACUGUUGUCAUCUAUUACUAGUAAUACCGUUAGGUUAUCAGUAGGUCUCUAGUCACUGUUGUCAAUUUUACUUUCUUUAGUUCUCUUGUUACUUUUGUAUUUAGUUGUUUUUAUUUCCUCUCAUCAUGACCCGCCUAGAUUAGCUAAGCUACCCGCGGGCAUUUUAUAAUUGUACAAUCUAGCAGGGAGGUUAUAUCUGGGGGGCGGGGAGGGGGGGGGGCUUAAGCUUAAAAUCGGAUGUAUUUUUUACUUUAAAGUAGAUGGUAAGACUGGCAUAUACCUGGGGUGAAACUAAUAAGGGGGAGGGGAUAUAAACUGCAGUUUACGCCAGUAAAGUUCACGUUGUGAACUUCGUGUCAUAAUCUCUUAUCUUGGUCGACUCUUUUAGCUUCACUAACUUUCCCGCGAAUUGAUCUGACUAAAAUUCAGUUGGGUGGUUGAGUAUUAACAGCACCGAUAAGACUAUUAUUAUGGAGAAUCUGAUAGGUUGAUCUCAUAUGCAGAGUUUAUGGCCUGGUCAAAGGCUGGAAAAUAUUAUUCCUUACCAAUAUCUCUCGCUAAUUAUACCUAGAACGAAAUGAAAUUUUCCCCGAAUUUAAAUCGUGAUGAGUUCUUGUGCCUUAACGCAUAAUUAUGGUCACGUAACAUGUCACGUGAGUAACUGAAGCAAUAUUUAUACUAUUAAAAUGUUGCAUGUUGAUAAGGUCUGUCUGUGUCCCAAAUCUCGAUUCGGUACCAUCCUCUUCGCUAAAUUUAGACGAUAAAUAAUUUUUCCUUGGUAAUCCUUUUACAUCCAGGCCUUAAAUUACUUGAGAUUGAAUUGUUCCCAGGUAAUGCAGUUGUGGAUAAAACUGCAAAUAAAACUCACAAGAACGGUUUUGCGCUUGCCCUUGGCCCCGCUUUUAAAAUGAGAGGAAUGGAUUAAUGUUACUGUUUUAUAUCACAGGUUGCAGGUUACCUCAGACGAGAGGGACUUUCAAAUGGUGAAGGGGAUGAAAGCCAUGACAACCUCAUGCAGGAAAUCUUCCAUGAAGAAGACAAAAAUAAAGAUGGCUACAUUUCACACGACGAAUUCCAGGGAUUAAAACAUGGAGAGUUAUAA